CCUCCGUUUUUUCUCCAUCAUCCACUCUGUGCACACCAAAACACAAAACACGAACUGACGAUGAUAAGAUAAGCCACAAAAGCACGCGCUAACACUCUCCUCCUCUUCUAGUCUUAUAGCACCACCAUGGAAACCACCGGUCUCCUCUCCUUCCCCUCCUCGAAACCCCCUCUUUCCCGAACCCAUUUUCGCCCCUCAAACCCAUUUUCCCUUUCCUUCCCCACAACCCACAAAACCUCCGUUUCACACAGACCCAUUACCAUCAAAUCCGCAAUUUCCCGCACCAAAAAGGAAGAAACAGUAGAAAUAGUCAAAACCCAGCUCGAAAAUUGCUACCUCUUAGCAGCUAUAAAAUACACAGGCUUCACAGUCAAACAAUUUCAAGACUUUAGAAGAUCAUUGCCUGAAUCAUCAAAACUCAUCGUAGCUAAAAACACCUUGGUUUAUAAGGCCAUUGAAGGCACUCCAUGGGAAGCUUUAAAACCUUGUAUGACAGGAAUGAAUGCUUGGCUUUUUGUGCAUACCGAAGAGAUACCUGAAGCUUUAAAGCCUUAUAGGGAUUUUCAGAAGGAAAAGAAGUUGGAGAAUGAUUUCACCGGGGCUGUCUUUGAAGGAAAGUUUUACGGGCCCGAUGAUUUUAAGCAACUUGAAACUAUGCCGUCUAGAGCUGAGAUUUAUGCUAAGAUCUUGGGAGCUUUACAGGGUCCUGCUAUUGGAUUGGUGGGUACUUUACAGGCGCCAGCGAGGGAUGUUGUCAUGGUUUUGAAGGCUUAUGUGCAGAAAUUGGAGGAGGAGAGUGGUGGGCAAUAGUGGAUGCAAUGUAAUGUGAUGUAAGUGUAUUGUUUGAAAGGUCGCCAUUUUGUUGUUUUUGAUUUGUUGUAGUAAAGUUAAUGAUUAAACGUUCUAUUUUUGGAUACGAAAGUGUGAAUGAAGUUGUAGGAUCUGUAAAAUUGGAACCUUAAUAAUUGUCUUGAAGUUUAGUACAAGGCUGUCAUUUUCUUAUGGUUUUAUUUUAACGAAUUUGUUUUAGCGGA